CAAACCGGAAAUAAAAGACACGGAGGUCAGCUGACUGGAACAUUAACGAAACAAACCUGAUUAAGAGGGUCAAGAAAAGAACGACCGGGGCCGAGAUGUUAGACACACACGUGUCUUCACUCUCAUCAUUGUUACGUUUUGAUUAAAUUGGCGAAGGUCUGGGGAAACUUACGAUGGACAUCCAGCAGGAACGCCGGAGGCUGCUGAAUGAUGAGGGUCGAGAUGACGAAAUCACUGGUGAAUCACUCAUGUCCGAGCAGGACGCGUAUCUAAGCAAAGUGAGUAACAGAAAUUUGUACUUGGCCACCUUGGCGUCCGUGCUGGGACCCAUGAGCUUCGGCUUCGUGCUGGGGUACAGCUCGCCCGCCAUCCCGGAGCUCGCUGGGAGCUCGGACCCCCGACUGCGGCUGGACGACACACAGGCGUCUUGGUUUGGGUCUGUGGUGACGCUGGGGGCGGCGGCGGGGGGCCUGCUGACUGGCUGGUUGGUGGACAAGGUGGGCAGGAAACUGAUGCUCAUGUUCUGCUCGCUGCCCUUUGUCUUUGGCUUCACCGUCAUCAUCGCCGCCCAAGAUGUGUGGAUGCUCUACGCCGGACGUGUGCUCACGGGGCUCGCCAGCGGAGGCGCGUCGCUCGUCGUGCCGCUGUACAUCUCAGAGAUGGCUCACGAGCGCGUACGAGGCAUGCUGGGGUCUUGCGUGCAGCUGAUGGUGGUGUUCGGCAUCAUGGGGGUCUACCUGAUUGGUCUGUUUGUGGACUGGCGUUGGUUGGCAGUGUGCGGGGCCGUGCCGCCCACGUUGCUGAUUGCGUCCAUGUGCUUCAUGCCAGAGACGCCGCGCUUCCUGCUUUCGCAGGGCAAGCGGCGCGAGGCUGAGGAGGCGUUGCGCUUCCUGAGAGGGCCCCAUGCAGCCGUAGAAUGGGAGUGUGCACGCAUAGAGGACGCCUAUGACCAACAGGGUUCCAGCUUCCAGUUAUCGGACCUGAAGGACGCAGGUGUGUACAAGCCGCUGGGCAUCGGCGUGAUGUUGAUGGUCUUCCAGCAGAUGUCGGGCAUAAACGCUGUCAUGUUUUACGCUCAGAACAUCUUUGAGCAUGCGCACUUCAAGGAGAGCGAUCUGGCCUCAGUGAUGGUGGGUGCGGUUCAGGUGGUCUUCACUGGCGUGGCGGCGCUUAUCAUGGACAAGGCAGGAAGGAAAGUGCUGCUCGUCAUUUCAGGGGUGGCCAUGGUGAUAAGCACGGCAGCAUUUGGGCUUUAUUUCUACUUGAUGUCUCGGAGCUCCUCGCCAGAGGAACAUCACGCCAACAUGGCCUGGUUGGCCCUCUCCAGCAUGGCUGUCUUUAUCACCGGCUUCGCCUUGGGUUGGGGUCCCAUCCCGUGGUUGGUGAUGUCUGAGAUCUUCCCGGUGAAAGUUCGUGGCUUCGCUAGCGCCGUGUGUGUGCUGACCAACUGGGGCAUGGCCUUCAUUGUUACUAAGAGCUUCCAGGACAUGAUGACUCUCCUCACCAGCGCAGGAACCUUCUGGCUCUUCUCAUGCAUGUGCCUCCUCAGUGUGCUAUUCACCUUCGGCUUUGUGCCAGAAACUAAAGGUCGGACCCUGGAGCAGAUCGAGGCCAACUUCCGGGGAACAGUGGGACAAUGAUGGCUUCCAGAAGCUUCAUUUAAAAAAAAAAAAAAAAAAAAAAAGCUAUGAAAAUGUUCCCAUGAUCAUUUGUCUCUGAGUACUAGGAUGAAGGAGCAUAGUUACUGCACAUCAGUCAAUGUGAGAUCAGCACUGGGGACACAUUGGAAUGAAUUUUUUUUUUUUUUUUGUAAAUGAAGGUUAAAUGUUUUCUACAUCAAAUCUCAGGCAUCUAAAAACUUUUGAGAUGAUACAACUGUGUAUUUUACAUGGAAUAGAUGUGUAACUUGAUUGAAGUGUGAUGGAAAGAAUCCACAUUGACAAUGACAGCCAACAAGACUGCACACAGCUGCUGUGGUGGUUUCUAAACAAUGUAGAGCAGGGGUAGUUUAAGUGUAGCCCUUUAAAAAAAAAAAAAAGAUUUAUUAAAUAAUUUAAUAUUAUGGAUUUUUAUUUUGUAAUCAAAAUAGGGCAUAUGAAGCCUGAUUAAUUCUGUAAUCUGGUCCACCUAGCAUUUAUAUAAUCAAGAGUCCUGUAAUAUUUGUUGCAAGAAUUUUAUUCAUUUGUUUUAACCCUAAAAUUCAUUGCUUUAAAUGUUUCCCUCAUUUAUUAAUCGAUCUCAUUAUAUAAUUGGUCAAUUGAUUUGUUGGUGUAAAUAUAAAAAAAUAGCAAAAUCAUUUUGCAUAUACCUUUGAAUUUUGAUGGUUAUAAAUCUGAUUUUUUUUAAUUAUUUACACUUUAAUGUAUUUUACCUCAUCAGUCUUGGUAUGUAUGAAGGUACGUAGAUUUAUUUU